AUGCCCCAGUUGGAAGCCCGCGCUCUAAACGUUGCCAGCCACGUGCUGCCCGCUCCACUGCGCGACAAAACCAUCGCGACCACAAACUUCGCCUCGGCAACUACCGCCCUCGCACGGCUACCUGAUCCCGCAACCAUCAAACUCUUGCAGCCCAACGCCUUUAGCCUCGUGAACACAAUCAACUCACCUUGCGUACAACCCCGAAGCAGCCAGCUGCUCGGCCUACUGACGCGUCGUCCCGAGCAUAUCUUGAUACAUUCACAAACAUACACCAUAUCCAGCGCUGCAUGGCAAUCCCAUCCAAGUGGAAAUUAA